GUUUUGGUAUGUUUCUUGACCGGCAGUUCCCAAGCUAUGUAUGUGGACUUCCUGAGUAGUUCUUCAAGAUGCAUGCGGAUCCCAAGGACCAUGGCUCUUUGCUAUGAUAUUGGAUAUACAGAUAUGAGGAUACCCAAUUUAUUAGAGCAUGAAUCAAUGGCGGAAGUGAUCCAACAAUCUGCUAGUUGGCUACCCCUGCUUGCUAGAGAGUGCCACCCCGAUGCACGUAUCUUUCUCUGCUCUCUCUUUGCACCAAUUUGCUUAGACAGACUUAUCUAUCCGUGCCGCAGUCUGUGCGAGGCAGUUCGGAACAGUUGUGCACCCAUCAUGGCCUGCUAUGGUUACCCGUGGCCAGAGAUACUGAAAUGUGACAAGUUCCCUGUUGACCAUGGAAUGUGCAUUUCCCCUAUCAGUGAUGGUACAAGUUCCAGCCGCAGAAUGCCCAGAGCGAGCUGUCGGGACUGUGAGCUUGAGGAAGCCAGCACCAGCAAAGAGAUCCUGGAUAUAUUCUGUGCUAAUGAUUUCACUGUCAAGGUACGAAUUGCUAAGAAAAACAUGACUUCUCCAACCGUAUCAGACUUUGAUAUGGAUUCCAAGGUAGAAAUUGUCAAACAUGGACCCCUAGCCAAAUUGGAGAUCUUUCCCAAACUUCAGCGAUGGCUGGAUCUAGAUGCUACAUGUGUGCAGAAUAUUAUGCGCGGAACACGGAUGGGCUCCUAUGUCAUUAGCGGAAAUGUGCAAGAAGACAAGGUCGUUGUGAAUAAUGCUUACGCUUGGCAGAAAAAGAACAAAAAUCUACAAUAUGCUGUAAGGAAAUGGAAACAUCACAAAUGCCGGUCAUAG